GCCAUAUCUCCAUUUGCAACUAUUGGAUACCUUUUUGAGGACUUACAGAAGAUAUUUUAAUCAAAACCUUUUUGUUGAUACUAAUUCCUCUCCAAGCACCAAACAUCUUCAGCUGUCGUUUGCAGGUGUUGGUGAUCUGUGGCUGUCAGGAUGCAACAGUUGGUGUCAAAGGUCCUCUUCUCCACACUGCUGAUUCUAGCAGUGGUUCCCUCUGUGUACUCACAGUCAGAUUGUUCUCAAGCCGAGUCAUGUGACCUGUGUGUUGGCGAUUCCAUGCUCAACCUGACAGGCUGUGUCUGGAGGCUUUGUCCAAAUGGUAAUGAUACAGGCAUGUGUAUGACUGAUGAGGGUAACUCGGCAGACAACGGCAUGAACUGUAGCUGGACUAGAGUGUCUGAAUUGUGCUCAGUUGUCGAGACUGUCGCUGAUGGAGGAGGUGAAGGUGACUCAGGUGAUGGAAGUAACACCAACUCAUCCCCAGAGUUCUCUCAGGCCAAGUUUGACAUGUCCAGUUUCAUCGGAGGCAUCAUACUCGUGCUGUGUGUGCAGGCGGGCGGCUUCUUCGCCAUGCGCUUCCUCAAAUCCAAAGAGCAGAGCACCUACGACCCCAUAGAGCAGCCACAAUGAAGACAAGAUGUCUGAAGGGCAAACAGGCGAGGCUGGAGGACAGCAGAGCAGUGACGCAUCG